AUGGUUGUAUUUCUUACAAUCACGUUUAUUACAGAGUCUUCGAGCUGCCAUGACUAUCAAGAGAUAAGAAUGCAGGAACAUGUGCAAAAGCUUGGGAUUGGAUAUAUUCCAAGGUCUGUCUGGGUUGUAUUAGAGAGGUAUCUUGUGGAUUCUUGUAAAGCUGGAGAUGAUGUUAUUGUUCCUGGUAUUGUCAGACAGCAGUGGAAAUCUCUCAACUUACCUGUAGCUCUGGUAGUACGUGUUUGUUGGAAGUGGUUAUACAUGCAAAUCACAUUGUACUCAAGACAACUAGUCAAAAGAAGAAUGACAUCACUGAUGAAAUGUUAUAAGGACAAUCCAUUGGAAGGUCGUAAUGUAAUUAUUGCUAGUUUCUGUCCUCAAGUAUUUGGACUAUAUGUAGUUAAGCUUUGUAUAUGCUUAGCUCUUGUUGGAGAGGUCCAGUAUGUUGAUGAGUCUGGCACUCGUGUUAGAGGUGACUGUCACUUACUACUAGUGGGAGAUCCAGGCACUGGAAAAUCUCAGUUUCUCAAGUUUGCUUCAAAUCUCAGUCCUCGUUCUGUAUUAACUACUGGAGUGGGUACUACUAGUGCUGGACUCACUGUUGCUGCUGUUAAG